AGACACUAGCAAGCUAUAAAAACGAGCGCGGCGCAAAAGUCUCAUCUACCGCAGUAAUUGCAAGGACAGGACGCAAAUCGAUCGCCUAGACGGCAGCGCUCCAGCUGGAGCCGCUUCGGGCAGCGAAAAAGCAGCUUCAGGGGCAGCACUCAAAGAGGCAUCUAGGAGCCCUUGGUCGACGCGCGCGCAUUGAUGCUAUAAAUGGCGGCGCAGCUACUGAAGACGCCCAUCAAGCGCGUCAACAUCACCGUCACCGACGACGCCACGGCCCUCGAGGCCGUCAAGCGCCUCGUCACCGGCCACGAGACCAAACUACAAAUCGUGCCCUCGGACUCGCCGCACCGCUGCGUCACUUGGGAUGGUGGCGACCACGUCCUCGUCAGACUCUACAAGCCCCUGCGAUGCGAUGCGGCCCUCGAGGUUGAUAUAACAGAGGCGAUCGGCCCGAAGAUUCUCGGAACCUUUGUGAACGGCCACGUCGAGGAGUACUACGUCUACCACACGCCGGCCAAAGUGCACGAGAAACCGGACGCUAUUGAUGGGCUCGCGCGGGCGCUGGCGGCGGUGCACUCCCUCAAAUGUGAUUCAGACAAGCCGCGGUCGUGGAUUGGUUUGAGGCGCGCGUGUGAAACUGCGAGGACCCUGAGCUUCGGCGAGCGCGGCCACCUCGUCAAGACGAGAUAUAAAGACGUCUCUCCGAUCCUCGACUCGGCACUGCUCGUCCGGAACCUCGACCAGCUCGAGGCGAGGGUGCCGCCCAAGGCACAUGUGUGUCUGUGCCACGGCGCCGCCGCGGCGCAUUUGAUACUGCGGUCCGACGACGCCGACGCGCGACUAGUCGACUGGGGCGCGGCGGGCGUCGACUACGCCGCGUGGGACUUAGCAAGGGCGCUCCACGACGACUGUGAGGACCUUCCCGAACUAUCGGACCGGCGCGCCUUUGUGCAAGAGUACCUGGCGACGCUUCAUGACGAACCGCCGUCUCCUACAAAGGUGAAUGCCCUGGUCAACGACAUCCAGUAUUUUACGAUCUGCGACAACUACCUCCGCGGCUUCUUACUGGUAGAGCGGGCCCACGCCGCGGCGAAGGACGUGGAUGCGGCCGACCUGUUGUCCAGGGCGGCCAUGAGAUUGCGCCAGGCGCGCGCGCAGCAGUACGUCGUGGUCUGGUAAUGUGUUAUGUUGACUUUUCGUUGUCGUCACGGCGAUUUGGGGC